AUGGCGCUCACAGCUCCCUGGGGUCUCUUGGACUGGGAAGGGCCGAGAAAAAUAUCAUCUCUUCGUCGCCCCUCACACGCGAUGGGCGCGUUCAGGAAGGCGGCGGUGCUCCUCGCGGGCGCCGCGCGGAUCCCGCGGAUAACCUUCCCGGUCCGCAUGAUCAACGGGACCAGGGUGUCGGACUUACCCGCCGCAGAGGCCAAGGCGUUCGCGCAGAAGGCGGCGAAGAAGGCGAAAUCGGCAAACGCGGAGGCGAUGUUCCUGGCGCAGCACGGCGCGAGGCACAGACCCGCGCCGAUCCCGGCGAACAGGGGCGGGCCCAAGCGGCGGAUACUCACGGAGGCAGAGAUGGAGUGCGUGCAGCUGGGAGGCGCACCUCCUUGA